AUGGCGCUCGCGGUAGUGUUGUUUCUGGUAGCGACGCUGAUCGCCGUUUUACUGUACCAGGUGUUUGGGGAGAUGCUGCGAUAUGCCGGAAAAUUUGCUGGUCCGACCGCGUAUCCGCUUAUAGGCAAUGGACACUUGUUUAUAAACAAGUCCCCUGCCGCUUUCUUACACAUCGUGGGCGGCCUGCUGAAGCAGUAUGGAAGUUGCAUUCGAGUGUGGCUCGGUACGCAGCUGGUGAUCGUGGUGAACGAUCCUAAGGAUGUUGAGGUACUGCUGAGCAGCCCAAAGUAUAUCGACAAAUCUACCGAGUACGACUUCAUACGACCAUGGUUGGGAGAAGGGUUGCUGACGAGCCGCGGCCGGAAGUGGCACUCGCACCGCAAGGUCAUUACCCCAACAUUCCAUUUUAAGAUCCUGGAACAGUUUGUCGAGAUAUUCGACCGCCAGAGCAGCACGUUCGUCAAAAUGUUGCAACCUUUCGCCGAAUCGAGCAAGUCGUUCGAUAUUUUCCCACAGGUGACACUGUGCGCGUUGGACGUUAUCUGUGAAACGGCCAUGGGAACCAAAUUGAACGCACAGGUCAACUCCAACUCUACGUACGUGUUGGCAGUCAAGGAGAUUACGAAUCUCAUUCAGCUGAGGUUUUACGAUUUUCUCAUUCGCUACAAUUUCUUCUUCCGCCUGUCGUCGAACAGUCGGAAGCAAAAGAAGGUGUUGAAAGUUUUGCACGACUACACUAAUAGUGUGAUCCAAGACAGAAGACAACAGUUGGCCACCGCGAAAAGCGGCGACGGUUCAGCAGAGUUGAGUGAUCACGAUUUGGGUAUCAAGAAGCGAAUGGCCUUUCUUGAUAUGCUCUUGCAGUCGACGAUUGACGGGCAACCUCUGACUGAUCUGGAAAUCCGCGAAGAAGUGGACACGUUCAUGUUUGAGGGGCACGACACAACGACGUCCGCCAUUAGCUUUUUACUACAGAGCCUGGCCAAGAAUCCCGAUGUUCAACAGAAAACAUUUGAGGAGGUCCUCAGUAUUGUGGGUGGCGAUCGAACAACUCCCAUUACGAUGGCAAUGUUGAACGAUAUGCAUUAUCUGGAUCUUGUGAUCAAGGAGACCCUUCGGUUGUAUCCUUCGGUGCCUAUGAUUGGACGAAAAAUUGUUCAAACAACCGAAAUCAACGGUAAGAUGUUUCCUGCUGGCGCUAACGCGAUCAUAAUGCCCUUCUUUAUGGGCCGCAAUCCCGAGUUCUAUCCCAACCCGGACAAGUUUGAUCCGGAGCGGUUUACCGUGGAAACGUCUGCCGAGAAGAUGAAUCCGUACCAGUAUGUUCCGUUUAGUGCGGGACCGCGGAACUGCAUUGGUCAGAAGUUUGCCGUUGCCGAGCUCAAAAGUAUCACGAGCAAAGUAUUGCGCCAUUACGAGAUCCUGCCGCCGGAUGAGCAACGGGAUGAGUCGUUCAUCGCAGAAAUGAUCCUGCGGCCAGAGCACGGAACGUAUGUGCGAUUGAAAUCGAGAGUGUAUUAA